CACCGUGCGGACGCCGAGCUGGGUCUGCCGUAAUGCUGCUGCUGCACAGAACUGUGGUCCCAGGGCUCCGACAGGCCUACAGACUCAAGUCAGCCCCUUCAAGGCUCUGCAUUCGGGCCUGCUCUGCGAAUGAUUCAUUUCAGCCACAGCGCUCCAGCCAUGCCUUCUCUGGUGAUAACUCCAGCACCAGGGGAUGGAGAAUAAUGGGGACUCUGCUAGGCCUUGGUGCAGUGUUGGCCUAUCAUGACCACCGGUGCAGGGCUGCUGAGGAGUCACCACGCCUAUACACAAGGGAGGAAGUGAGAUCCCACAGCAGCCCUGAGACUGGGAUCUGGGUGACUUUGGGCUCUGAGGUCUUUGAUGUCACGGAAUUUGUGGACCUACACCCAGGGGGUCCAUCAAAGCUGAUGCUAGCAGCCGGGGGUCCUCUAGAGCCCUUCUGGGCCCUCUAUGCUGUUCACAACCAGUCCCACGUGCGAGAGAUACUAGCUCAGUACAAGAUUGGGGAGCUGAGCCCCGAUGACAAGGCAGCCUCCAUCUUGAAGACCUCUGACCCUUACGCUGAUGAUCCUAUACGUCACCCAGCCCUGAAGGUCAACAGCCAGCGCCCCUUUAAUGCGGAGCCCCCCCCUGAGCUGCUGACAGAAAACUACAUCACACCCAACCCUAUCUUCUUCACCCGGAAUCAUUUGCCUGUACCUAACCUUGACCCAGACACCUAUCGCCUACAUGUAGUAGGGCCACCUGGGGGUCAGUCACUGUGCCUAUCCCUGGAUGACUUGUACCAGUUCCCCAAGCACGAGAUCACUGUCACUCUGCAGUGUGCUGGCAACCGGCGCUCUGAGAUGACUCGGUUCAAAGAAGUAAGAGGUCUGGAGUGGAGUGCAGGGGCCAUUAGCACUGCACGCUGGGCUGGGGUACGGCUCUGUGAUGUGUUAGCCCAGGCUGGUCACCAGCUCUCUGAAACUGAGGCCCAUGUCUGCUUUGAGGGACUGGACUCAGACCCCACAGGGACUGCCUAUGGAGCAUCCAUCCCUCUGGCUCGGGCCAUGGACCCUGAAGCUGAGGUCCUGUUGGCAUAUGAGAUGAAUGGGCAGCCUCUGCCUCGUGAUCAUGGCUUCCCUGUGCGGGUGGUGGUUCCUGGUGUGGUGGGUGCCCGCCAUGUCAAAUGGCUGGGCAAAGUGAGCGUGGAACCAGAGGAAAGUUAUAGCCACUGGCAGCGGCGGGACUACAAAGGCUUCUCUCCAUCUGUGGACUGGGACACUGUAGAUUUUGACUCGGCUCCAUCUAUUCAGGAACUUCCUGUCCAGUCAGCCAUCACACAGCCCAAAGAUGGGGAGACAGUAGAGUCAGGGGAGGUGACUGUCAAAGGCUAUGCAUGGAGUGGUGGAGGAAGAGCUGUGGUCAGGGUGGAUGUGUCUCUGGAUGGGGGCCUAACCUGGCAGGUGGCUGAGCUGGAUGGAGAGGAACAGCGUGCCCGAAAGGCCUGGGCCUGGCGGCUAUGGCAGCUGCAAGCCCCUGUUCCAGCUGGGAAAAAAGAAUUGAACAUCGUUUGUAAGGCUGUAGAUGACAGCUACAAUGUUCAGCCAGACACAGUGGCCCCAAUCUGGAACCUGCGAGGCGUGCUCAGCAAUGCCUGGCACCAUGUCCAUGUCCAUGUUGCUCCAUAAGAAAGUGAAAUGGAACCAUCUACUCUCCAGAACCACCUUCUGAACCCCAUCCCUUGAGGCCUCAUUACCACAAAAAAUCCUUCCCUCCACCUUUCCAUCUCUUGGAUCACAACCCUGACUAUGCCUUCCGAAGCCACACACAGGUACAUGCAUUGCACACUUCCACCCAGGCACCCGCUCCCCUUUGACAGGAGGUGUUACAUACCCCUCCUGGCCACUGACCCAGUGCCUUAGAGGAGGUAAGAGCUGCUGGAGCAAAGGGCUAGAAGUAGGAAAAGUAAUUCUGGAAGUAAGUGCUAUUUUCUCUACCUACCCUAUCUCCAUUUCUAAUGACUGUCACCACUGAGGCCUUAUUUUGCUUUUCUUCUUGGGUUCUUCAGAGAAUGUGUGAGGAUAUGUGUAGGAAAAUUGUAUAUGCAACUUUUUACUACGUCUCUAGGUUGCCAGGGGUUGUGGAGGGCGCAACCCUCUCCCUUUAUUGUUCCACUUUUCUAAAUACAUCAAUAAAAUAUCUGUUUAAGACUACCA